AUGAUAAGCUAUCACUCACUCAGUUUAGAUAAUAAUUUCGCUACAGACGUCCCGAAGACAUUCAAAUUUGUUAGAGCAGCAAUGGAAGUUGACGAACCGAUGGAAGUAACCGCAGAAUUUCCAACUGAAGUAUGGGAAUUUAUAUUCAAGGAAGUGGAUGAUCCAUUCGUUCUAAUACGGUGCCAAGAUAUAAGUGAUUAUUUUUUUAGCAUUAUCAAUAAUCUAAUUGAUAGUUACAAUUGGCAAAAAACAUCACGUGAUUAUGUGCACAAGAAUUAUUUGCAUGAAAUAAUGCACAAAUCUAUGGAGUCCUUUUACAUUAAAGUUGUUGAUCAAGUUACGGAUAACAAGAUGUGGUUCCGUACUUUUAGAUCUUUUCAUAAGUGGAAGAUGUUUUUUACUGAAAAAUCCAGUGCUAAUCAGGUGGACAAAAUUACUGAUAAGGGAGUCGAUCCUUUAAGGAUUCCGGAUAUCACUUGUAUUGAUUCUUGGCAUGAUUUCUUGGCUGUUGGUACGGGACAGGGAUUAAUUAUAUUUUUCCAAAUUACUGAAGAUAACGAAGCUCCCCAACCGAAAUUUCAAGUCAAGACCUUAUUUGGAGGAAAACAUGAAACGAGCUUAUUUCAAGUUCAAUUUUGGAGCGGGAAUAACGAAGUUCUGUUGGCAUUGUCUCUAUCGCAAGAUAAAAUUGUCCAAUUUUGGGACAUACAGAAAAAAACCCAAAUCGUUAUGGAUCAACCAAUUUUAGCAGAUCACAUAUGCUCAAGUACAAUGUACAAUUGUUUCAUCGAAUCCCGUGGUAAAAUAGUAGAAUAUUAUUAUGACCAGGAAACUGAAUCACCAAAAUCACGAUUUGAAUUUUCAAUUGAUUUAGAAGGUGACACUGUUUGCUCUUUGUUUGUAUAUCAAGCUCAGCCGAAAUUAGUCUCAGUCAAUAAAUUCAAAAUAUUAAAAAAGCACGAUAUAUCAAGUUCAAAUUCACCAACAGGCAGUGUACAUUAUUAUCAACAGAGUCACACAUAUGGCGGCAAACCGUUAUCAGAUGCGAUGAUAAAAGACCAAAAAUUUUCAGUUUCAGCUGGUUCUAUUGUUUUCGCUAUUCAUGGGAUCAAUUUACUGAUACACGCGAGUGGAAGAAAUUAUACGGAGCAUAAAUUAAGAGGUGUUCAGUUUUCGUCAUUAAUAACGCACGGGAAUAAUUUAUUCCUGGGUAUAAAUUCAGGGUACAUCAAAGUGAUAGAAAUGAAAAAUAUACCUUAUUUAUUAAAAUAUAAUAUAAAUGAUACAAAAGACAAAAAAAUAAUCGUCGAAGAAAAUUCUACUAUCGUACAACUAGCGAUUACUGAACAUGAAACAAAUCCUUAUAUAUUUUCAGCAAUGGCUAAUAGUAUACGAUCUAUAUCACCAAUACUCUAAAUAGCAAUCAAACAAGAAGUGAAAAUUUUCUAUGAUAAUAGUUGUUACAAUUAAUUAUGUAUUGCUAAUAUUUGUCAAGUCAAAGUUCAAAUAAAUAAUCCGAUCCAAAAAAU